ACCCCUGAAUGUGGACCCAUACCUGACAUGAUGAACAUCGAUUUCCACAACACCUACUGGCAGAGGGCCAUUAAUGGGAAACUCAAUUAUUACAUCUAUGGAGCAUACUACGAUGACAGGGAGACAGUAGCGGAGGGGCCUCUGGUACGACUCCUGACCAUGGUGAACCAGCACGACGACAAGUCCUUUAAGUAUCCCGAAAUCUUUUGUCAGUUUUGGCUGAAGAAUCGAGCCAAGCCGGUGAUUGUGCCCGUUUCCGAGCAUCGGGUAAUGUGGCCCUUUGGGCAUGCCCCGCGGCGGUAUUAUCCGACUUUUUUGAGCUGCCCCCUGCCCGAGGGUCGCUUCAAAUGGGAAAUACCCGAAAUGGUGUCGUUGGUGGGCCAGAAGUGUGACAGGGCGAGGAAUCUCCUGAGGGUGGUGUACGAACCGCGUGAGGAUGAGCCCAAGACCGCCUCAAAGGAUCCCCGAUUUAUGGUUUGUGUCAAGACCAUGGACUUCCUUUACGAGGACAAGUCCUGGCGACUGAUCGAGUGGCUGGAACUGAUGCGUUUACUGGGUGCCAGCAAGGUGGUGCUCUACGACGGACAAAUGCAUCCAAAUAUGACGAGGGUUGUGAAGGACUAUGUGACGAAUAGUCCCGGUUUCGUGGAGCUCCGUCCCAUGUCCUUGGGUCGAGGGGAACCACAUGCUCGUCCCCAUUUCCAUCACUAUGCCAUGGCAUCGGACGGUUUCAAUCGUAUUCUCAACGAGAUGAUACCCUACAACGACUGCUUCUACCGGAACAUGUACAAGUACGACUAUGUGGGUGUGUUCGACAUCGAUGAGGUGAUCAUGCCGCUGGGUAACAUCACCAAGUGGUCCGAGUUGGUGAAACUAUCGCGAACCGUGCCGGAUGAUGGGAAUCGCAUUCCAGAAGACUGCACCGAAUGGGUGAGCUUCUGUUUCCGCAAUGUCUACUAUCCCCGGUAUCCGGAACGUCCCAAAGUCUACCGGAAUCUGUCCAGUUCCUUCUAUAUGCUCCAGCACGUGGAACGGGUGCAGCGUCAUUGCGGGCGCGGUGAUGCCACCAAGUGCCUGCAUGAUACUCGAUAUGCCGUGGGAUUGCACAACCAUUUCACCUUUUUCCACACAGAGGAGGAGGCCUGUCCGGCCAAAUCGAUCCCCAUAGAGUAUGCCCAGAUGCAGCAUUACCGGGAACCGGACACCAAGGCGCUGCUGAUCGAUCCGGUGGUGGAUGCCAGCAUCUGGCGUUUCCAGCCGGAGCUCCAGGCCAGAGUGGAGGAGCGAUAUCAGCGAUUGGGCUUUCUUCCGAAUGAGAAACAACUGGCUGAUACCCUGGAGCAACGAAGGCGAAGUGAUGAGAGGCAACUAAAGGAGGCAGUGGGUGGGGUCUGA